GCACGCAAUGUGCUGUCUCUCCAGCAUCGGAGUUUCCUGAAGGGUUCUUCACCAAGCAGGAGAGCACAGAUGGAGGCAUUGUAAUCUACUUCCUCAUUAUCCUCUACAUGUGCAUGGCUGUCUCCAUCGUCUGCGACAAGUACUUCUUGCCCUCUCUGGAAAUCAUCAGUGACUCCCUUGGACUGUCGCAGGAUGUUGCUGGUGCAACUUUCAUGGCAGCUGGUAGCUCCGCCCCUGAACUAGUUACCGCCUUCUUGGGUGUAUUUAUCACAAAGGGAGAUAUUGGUAUCAGCACCAUACUAGGAUCUGCAAUUUAUAAUCUCCUUGGCAUCUGUGCUGCCUGUGGCCUCCUGUCCAACAUGGUUUCAACACUCUCCUGCUGGCCCCUCUUCCGAGACUGUGCAGUGUAUGCAGUUAGUGUAGGAGCAGUUUUUGGCAUAAUAUUUGACAACCGAAUUUACUGGUAUGAAGGAGCAGUGCUGCUACUGAUAUACGGGCUGUAUGUUCUGCUGCUGUGUUUUGACACUACAAUCAGCCGACAUGUCAUGAAAACAUGCAGUCCCUGUUGUCCCUGCCUCGCCAAAGCUAUGGAGGAGAGAAGUGAACAGCAGACACUGUUGGGGUGGGAGGAUGAGAGCCAGCUCUUCAUUCGUCGCCAGUCAAGGACAGACAGUGGAAUAUUUCAGGAAGAUUCUGGUUACUCCCAACUUUCUCUAAGUUUACAUGGUCUUGGUCAGGUUCCUGAAGAUCCACCAAGUGUUUUCAGCAUGCCAGAAGCAGACUUAAGAAGAAUUUUUUGGGUUCUCUCUCUUCCUAUUAUUACAUUACUUGCUCUGACAACACCAGACUGCAAGAGGAAGUUUUGGAAAAAUUACUUUGUGAUAACCUUUUUCAUGUCUGCACUAUGGAUAUCUGCAUUCACAUACAUCCUAGUUUGGAUGGUCACAGUAACAGGGGAAACACUAGGGAUCCCAGACACAGUGAUGGGCCUUACUUUGUUGGCAGCAGGGACAAGCAUACCAGAUACAGUCGCAAGUGUGUUAGUUGCAAGAAAAGGUAAAGGAGACAUGGCUAUAUCUAACAUCGUGGGAUCCAAUGUGUUUGAUAUGCUAUGCCUAGGUCUUCCCUGGUUUAUUAAGACUGCAUUUACAAAUGCAUCUGCUCCUAUAGAAGUGAAUAGCAAAGGACUCACAUAUAUAACAAUCUCUCUCAACAUUUCAAUUUUAUUUCUGUUCUUAGCAGUUCAUUUUAAUGGCUGGAAACUAGACCGAAAGUUGGGGGUGGUCUGCCUAGUGUUAUACUUAGGACUUGCUACUUUAUCAGUUCUAUAUGAAAUUGGAAUUUUUGGAAAUAAUAGAAUAAGGGGUUGUGGAGUUUGAUAUUUUUAAUA